AUGAAAAAAUCUGAUUAUAUGGUUUAGGAGUUAAUAGAUGUAACUAAUUUAUAAGAGUGCCUUUUACUUAUUCUUUUUACAUUAAUAGGAUUAGGAUUAUUUUGGCUAAUUUGGAGGGAUUACUAAACUACAAAAAGAAUCUACAUUUAGAGAUAAUAAGAAAAAGUUGAUAUGUUGAUUAUUAAACGACUUUUAUUAGUAAAUGUAUGCGCUCAAACCUUUUCUUAUUUUAUUGAAUGUGUAGGUUUUGCAUUCAUUGACAAUUGUGAAACCAAUAAUUACUUUAUUUUUCCUAUGAUUUAUUUAAUUUGCAAUGUAACUUAUAUGACAUCAUUAUAUAUUUGUUGUUGGAGAUCAACAGUCAUAUGGUAAAAUGUAUUAUUAAAUCUAAAGGGGACAAUUGGUCUGUCUAAAAUUAAAUAUUUCAAGUUAAAUUUUUGAUUUUGUUAAAAAUUAUGCCAUAAUCGAAGUAUUAAUAAUUCUUAUGAAUCUUCUUGUUUGUCUAUUUUAUUUUAUUUAAGUAAAAAGGUAAAUUUAUUUAUAAUCUUAGUGUAGUAAGUCUGAUUGUGUCUAUUAUUUCAACUUUGGUGCUUAUAUUAUUUCUAGUUGCUUCAUAUUUAUUCUAGAAAUACAUUAUUAGAACUUAAAACGAAAUACCAGAGUUAACAAAACGUAGAGUAAUAUUUCAUUAUAUAAAUUAAGGUAUUUAUAAGCAUUAUCUUCUUAUCAUGUGCCUUAAGUUUUAGAAUCUUAUGGAACAUCUUACUUAUGAUUCAAGAAAUUAAUUUAGUAAAAAUAUUGAAAUAUGGGGAUGAUAAUGUGUAAUAUCCAUGUUCAACACCAGAUGGUCUUAAUUGGUUCUUUUAUGAAUUAAUAUAUUUUCCAAUUGCUAAUUUGAUACCAGCGUUUUUAUUCAAUCGAAUUUACUCUCCGUAUAGAGCUAUUACGUAAAAUAAAUUAAAUAGAUUAAUAAAUGAAGAGUGA